AGACGUGCACCAGUGUGCGUUUCAUGCUGUGCAUGUGCUUGUGUUCGUUUCGAACCUCAAAAAUUAGCCGUUUUUGCCGGAAACUUUUGCUCAUUAAUCGCAAGUGAAAACAUUCUCGCAUAAUAGACAAAAGAACUGAAAGGAAUAACGAUGAACAAUCGCGAAACUUACCUGUUACUUUUUCUAUCAGUCAACUUGUCGAUUCUAUUGGGCCACGUAGCCGGUUCUAAGGUGCUACAAAUUCGUGGUAUACCUAUCGCGAAAAAUUCACUUUACCCGCCGGAUCGCGAUUUUCAGUGUUUCGACGGAAGUCUGUUAAUACCAUUUUCGCACGUUAACGAUAAUUACUGCGAUUGUGCCGAUGGCAGUGACGAACCCGGUACGCCUGCCUGCGCUAACGGUUUAUUUUAUUGCGAGAAUGCUGGUCAUAAGCCUCGCUACAUACCUUCCACUUGGGUAAACGAUGGUAUUUGCGAUUGUUGCGAUGCUAGCGAUGAAUAUAACUCAGGUAAGCAAUGCCCAAAUAAUUGUAAUGAAUUGGGCAGAGAAGCUAGAUUGGAACAGCAAAAGGCAGAAGAAUUAAUCAGAGAGGGUAACAAAAUAAGAAUUGAGAUGAUUGCUAAGGGCAAACAAUUGAAGACAGAUUACGAAGCACGGUUAGUUAAAUUGCGGGCAGAUUAUGGGGAAGCUGAGCUCACGAAGAAAGAGAAAGAGCUAUUAAAAACACAGGCAGAAGAACGAGAAAGUGCUGCUUUAGAGAAGUACAAACCAUCCGAAUCAGAACAGCCUGCAGCAGAGGAAGGAGAGGAGGAAGAAGAGUUGCAUGAAUCGGAUGCCGAGGACUAUUUUAAGCUAUUAGAUUCUGAUAAUAGUGGUACUGUCACAAUUGCGGAGCUGCAAACUAGAGUAACAUUUGACAAAGACAGAGACGGAGUUAUAACCGAAGAAGAAGCAUUAUAUUUCUUGAAUAAUCAGAAAGAAAUAAAUCUUCAAGAAUUCAUGGAUUCAGCUUGGACAAAUAUUAAACCUUUUGUAAUGUUAGAACAGGGUGUAUUUAAAGCAGCUGACCAUAAGGAAGAAGAAGCACAAGAAUCCAUGGAAGAAGGAAUAGAGCAGGAUAAAGAGGAGGAUGAUGGCAACGAGGCAGAAGAUGCACAGGGUGAAGAAAAAGAAAAAACUGAAGAACAUACUGUACAGUAUGAUGAGGAAACUCAAGCUCUUAUCGACGAAGCAACAGUUGCUCGCGAAAAUUUCCAGGCGAUAGAAAAAUCCGUGAACGAGUUGCUGACGGAAAUUAGAGAUCUUGAAGAGAAACUAGAUCGUGAUUACGGUACCGAACAAGUAUUUGCGCCACUGCAUGGAGAAUGUUUCGAAUAUACGGACUUAGAAUACGUUUAUACGUUGUGUAUGUUCGGAAAAGCGACGCAAAGAUUAAAGUCCGGAGGUAGCGAUAUCAACUUAGGUAAUUGGUACGAUUGGAUUGGACCAGAAGGCCAUAAAUAUUCGAAGAUGAAGUACGAUCGUGGCCUUACCUGUUGGAAUGGACCUGCGCGUUCGACUAUAGUUAAUCUAAGCUGUGGUAAAGAGAAUAAACUGAUAUCGGUAACAGAACCUAACCGAUGCGAGUAUUCCAUGGAAUUUGUCACACCGGCACUAUGCAACCCUAACAUGGAACCUGCUGAUACGCACGACGAAUUGUAAAUUUCGUUGCGUGUAAACCGGCACAAGUCAAACCACGAUACACGCGACUUGUGUAAUUUUUAAAUCUAAAGUUUUAAAUUUGCAAGGAUAAAUAACGACUGCGUUGGUCUUUGAUAUAUCAAGCCUCUGACGAGCGUUUAAUGUAUUAGCGUAAAACAAACAAAAUUUACAUCGGCCAUGAUUUGCACUUUUUUUUUUUUUUUUUUUUUUU